AUGCAGGACACAAUCCGGCAAGGCUCAAAAAAACGACGAGCCUUUCGCAGAAGACCGAAACGGCGAACCAGCCAAACUUCGCCAACAGCUGGAAGACCACCAGAAGUUGGUGCGAUAGGAGAAGAAGAGGACGGAGUCAACGCUGGAGAAAAUCAGAGCGUGAGGAUUCGGGCCUCCGCGGCGGACCGGAGCCGUGUUGUGGAACCGAGUAGCACGAGCGAUGAUGGCCUUCAGAAGCUGACGAAGCUGAAGCAGGGUCUCAACAAGGCGCAGAAGAAACUUCAAGCAGCCAAGAGGAACGGCGCCGUGCUCCAGAUCGAGCAUUGGCAACAAGAGCUUCUGGAGCGACAGAGACUCUACAGGAUCGCCCUUUUUGCGGCGAAGAAAAGGGCCCGGGAUCGCUUCUAUGCAUCCCUUAAAGACUUUUCAAGCUGCAUCAGAGGCCCUAAAAGUAAGUCUUCUGCUGCUGUUCUUAACGGCAGGCCAGACUCCAACCAAGCGGAGUAUCUACUACAAAAGCUGUUCCCUCGAGACGAUGACCGACAGCGAGGUCUAGACAGAGCUGGCGUCCGUCCGAUCAAUCGAGACCUGGUGGAAGAAGUCACAGAGGACGAAGUCUUACAAGCGAUUGGAAGGUUGAAGAUCUCGGCUCCUGGCAGCGAUGGCGUCAAUGGGGAAGUCUUGAAGAAGACUGCGCCACAGCUUGCUGCUAAAUGGGCCGAAGCCUUCACAUAUAUCUUAAAGACUGGAGAGUACCCAGAGGAAUGGAAGGACGGUAAAUGUAUUGCUUUGUCUAAACCAGGUCGAGAUAUCUUCACGGCUUCUGGCUGGCGUCCUGUGGUAUUACUUCGAUGCGCUAGCAAGCUCCUCGAGUCCGUCAUCGCUGAGAGGCUUCUUCACAGCCUAGCCUAG